UUAGUAUAACUUAAAAAUUUAUUUUGUUAAAUACUGAAAUUGCCACUAAAUUGAUAUGCUAUCGUCACAGGUCCUCCUUGAUGAUGUUACAUUGUUUCUUUCAAAAGACUCAGAAGAGCAAGGUAAGGCAUCUGAAGAUCGUACUGAUUGUGCAACAGCUUUGCUCCAAUCACUUCCAUGUUCGCGUUAUGCAGUGCUGGAAAAAAUUGGCGAAGUGUUUUUUCUAGAAUCACAGCAUUACAUUGUUGAAGUUGAAAGGCAGCACUUGGAAGAUGCUCCGCCCAAUUUUGAACCACUUAUGUCUAAACGAAGUGCUCAGAUAAAAAAAAUUCAGCAAGUUUUAGCUGUUUCAGUUGAAGCAAACUCAAAAGCGUGGGCUCCAAUGAUAUUUCAGUGGGCAGUUCAAACUACUAGUCAGAUAUGUGGACAGUAUGGAACCAAAAGACAUUUUAGUACAUUUUCAAUUGGAGAAAGAUUUCAGUUGUGGUUAAAUUGCUCAGCCACCAAUGUUCUUUUGGAAAUAACAGUUGGCUGUUUGCAAAAAAUCAUACUCAAAAAUCAAGAUAAUUGUCUCAAAUGUUUACUUAAUGCAGCUCUUUCUAAUUCACCAUAUUUUGACUGGGCUUUAGCACAUAUUUAUUCUGUGUUUCCUGAAAUUAUCCCAUACAAGUUCCUUUGCCAUGUGCUCGAAGCUUUUAGCAACCAGUCACGUAAAACAGAUUUGCUUAUUGAAACUAUGCUUGCAGUAUUUAACCAUGUUGCUGAUAAACAUCAUCUUCAUAAAGCUGUUUUAAAAUUAAUGAUGGAAAGCAUUGAAGAUAAACGAAAGGCUGAAACUCAUACUUCUCUAUGUACUAUACCAUUUUUAUUGCAUAUUACGAUUAAACAGCCAGAACUUUUUUUGCCUCUUGUUGAUUCAAUAAUGGAUGCUUUGACGGAUGAUAAGUUAAGAGUAUUAGAUUUUCAAAGUCUGAAGAGAGAUGCUUUGCUUCAAAGAGGUAGUUUAUUACGAAGAAUCACAGACUGCAUGGAGCUAGUUCGUUUAUCUUCUUACAAAUUGUUUCAGAUCUUAUUGAAAUAUGCUAAUCGGGAUGAUGUUAAGCUCAACAAAGAAGAUCCAAUUUUGUCUAAUAAUCUUCAGAGUGCAUCAGGUGUUAUUUUGGAAUCAUUUGAGCUCCAGCUUAGGAAUAAAAUACAUGUUUCUUUGGUAUCUUCAGGAGAUAAAGUAAAAGUGAAGAUUCCUUUUCUCUCAGCUCUGUCUUCUUUUUCCAAAGAACUUUGUUUACAAAUGAUAAGUGCUUCUGGCAGAAAGAAAAGGUAUUUGGAGUUGUUUAUUUAUUUAUGUGCAAAGCAAGAAGGAAUCAAACAAAUGGUUAUGGUUUUAUCCUUUUUAUUGACCAAUUCCAAUAUGUCUACAAGCAAUGUUUCUACCUUGAUGAAGUUUGCUAACGACUUUAAACUUGUUCAUUCAGAUAUUCUUGCUCAGACAUUGCAUGCAUUGGUUAAUCAAAUAAAUGGAUUUUCUUCAUACAUUGUAAAUACACUUCUGCAGAAUCUUUUUCUACUUCUAAAAGAACAAAAAAGUUUUUCUGAAAUACAUAGUUUAAAAUUGCAUUUACAGCAAGCUUCUAGUUCUCUUGCACAAGUUUUGCUAUACUAUCCUAAUGAUAUGGAUUUGUGUUCAACUAUUUUAAACUUAUUAAAACCAUUAUUGUCUCCAAAACUUCGAAUGUCAGACUUUGCUAUUUUAUCAGAAUGUAUCGUCGCCUGUUAUUUUUUCACUCUUGAAAAGUUUGAGAAAAUGAAAAUAAUAAAUGACUUUGAUUCAAUAUGCCAUCAAAUUGAAAUGUGCAAUAACUUGCUUAUAACUUUAGUCAUUCACUAUUCUGGUGUUCAUCAGUUAAUUAUUCGGUUACUAAUUGAAGGCUUUAUGAAAAAAAGAGAAGAAAUUUUUUGUACAGUACCUGAGGAAAGUUUAAUAAGAGUUGAAUUAUUGCAAAAGAAUUACACAUUGGUCAAUAACAAUCGUUACAGUAAUAAUGCAACUGCUGUUUCUUUUCAAGAUGGACUUAAAAUAAAUAAACGCAAAAUGGAGUUUUCGCAUGCUCAAAAUAAUAGAUUCGCUCACCACAUGAAAGUAAUAACUCUAUCAAAACUUCUAGCUGUUCCUUCUGCAUUUUCCCCAAUUGACUUAUCUCGAGAUAUUGACAAAAAAGAGAGAAGUUUUCUUAAAGCUUGGGGUGAGAACAAGUUUUCAAGAUUAUUUCCCAGUGCUUAUGCGUAUACAGCAAAUCUACUUGUUGAAUUUGUAUGUCCUGAACUCGUUCCAGUCUCACCAUGGCCAGAAGAAGACUUUCUAAAAUAUACUAUUGAAAGAGAUUUAAAGAUCAAACGAGCUUUUGAUAACACCCCUGUAUUGUGGGAUAUUUUGGAACUUAUAUCUUCUGCACGUCCAUCGCUGUUCCAUUGCUCAGUAGUUGUUCAAAGUUUGUUAGGAAUGAGCUUGAAAUUUUGGCUAACCAAUCGUCAAGAUUCAUCUAAAAGCUGUGAAAAGGAAUUAAAAAAUGUCAUUAGAAUAAUUGUUAUAAUAAAACAGGCUGGAUGGUUACCAACUGAGUUUGAAAAUAUUUCAGAUAUCUUCCCUUUAAUAAAGCCGAAAGAAAUUUUUGAAAUACUGAGCGCAAUUUGGAAGUAUCUUCAGGUUUGCAGCUUUGCGCCUGAAAAGUUCAUAGAUAGAGAUCAAUUAGGGAGACCUCACCUCCCGGUUCAUCCUGAAUUAUUUCAUCCCCUUCGUACAGCAAUAAAAAUUGUAUUUCUACGAAACAUGGCGAUACUUGGUCAUUCUUAUCGCAGGUUUCUUGGUGAAUGUUCGAUUUAAUUCUAAAUUGCUGUUUUUACUGUAAAAUCCUCUGCCGCCAAUAUGCAGUUUGUCGUGUAUACUUGUUUGCUAAUAACGACUUAUUUUUAAACUGAUAAUUGUUGAAGAAGACGCCUUCUUAAAAUUAUAAGAAAACUUUACAUGAUUUUCAAAGAAAUCAUAUUUUGCAAUAGAUAACUAAACGAUCUGUUGCUUUUAAA